AAUGCUACCCUCACAGCCAAAGUCACCUUGUGCGCAGCUCAAAAUUGUACCAUCAAACAGCAACUCACCACCAACAACACGACAGAUACAAUAUGCUCCAGACCAGCACGCGAUCAAACUCACAUCGUCUCUUAUGCGGGAGUCAUUGGAUGUGCUAUCGCGCUGAUCGUAUAUCUUAUUAGAAUGAUCUCAAAAGUCUCAUUUCCAUGCUACGAGGAGAUGCGUAUAUAUAAUCAACUCUGGUGGGAUAACGCCGUCAUUAUAUUCGCAAUGGCCGAGAUCAUCGGCGUGAGCAGUCUCAGUAUCGUGCUCGCUAACUUAGGCCUGGGCAAGGACGUCUGGACCCUACCAUUCGGAAACAUCUACAAGAUCCUAAAGAUCUACUACGUCGACGAGGACUUCUACCUGACAGCUCUCCCGCUUGUCAAAAUCUCCAUGUGUCUGAAGUAUCUGAGGAUUUUCCAGAACCCGAAGUUCAAGAAAGCGACUUGGAUCGUCAUUGCGCUCAAUGCUGCCUACGGACUCGCUUUUCUUCUUAUCUCUCUCUUUCAAUGCCGACCGAUGAGCUGCGCUUGGACUCAUUGGGAUUUGGAGCACGAUUGCCAUUGCAACAAUAUCAAUGCCCAAGGCUGGACGUCAGCAGCUUUCAACAUGAUUCUUGAUGCACACACCCUAGGACUCCCUCUCCCGAUGCUGUGGAAGAUGAACCUGAACAAAAGAAAGAAAUUCCUCGUCAUGCUCAUGUUCAGUCUCGGCUUCUUCGUCACAAUCGUCAGCAUCCUCCGUCUCCAAGUCCUGAUCGAAUUCGGGAAUUCUCGAAACCUGACCUGGGACUACCGAGCAGUCGGAUACUGGAGCACAAUCGAACUCCACGCCGCAGUCGUCUGCGCUUGCAUGCCUGCAAUCCGCAACUUCAUCCGACGCUUCCAUCCCAGACUCAUGGGCUCUACGGCA